AUACGGCAGAUGAAAGCAAAGUACCAAGAAAUUUAUUGCGCUGUGGUAUUUUGUGUAAAAAUAACAUUUGCUUUUUCAUAUCUUCCGAAGAGAGAUGACAGUAGCGCUAAUGCUGUUGUGUACCACCAAAAUUCUGUUGGUGUUUUCAAUUUCUUGCAAGAUGCAUUAUCAAUCUUUAAUUCGAACAAACAUUUGAUAGCCACAACACGCAUCUUCCUCCCAAAAACAAAGUGUAAUUUUAAGGCGCAUUAUUGAAAGAACCCGAGGGAGAUGGUAGGUAUUUUGACAAACAGAAAGAAUUGCGCGUUGUAUAGAAAUCAAUACUCUGCAAUAGUUCGUAACAGCAUUUUACUAUGUUCCAACAGCAGCAUUUAAAGUGAAAAUGUCUUCUUUUGAAAGGAAAUCUUUGUUGCAUGGAAAGUUUUCAUUUUAUUUUCAUAUUUUACUUUAUUUAUUCCUCCAAAUUAUGGUAUUAAUAAGGUUAAAAUGUUUCAAUAAACCUAAUAAAGUAUACUUUUCAAGAUCUGGUACAAAUUUUAAAAAUAAGGAUUUGAAUUGUGAUUUGUGUUCUGCAGAAGUUGGACUUGGUGCUACCCCGGUGAAAAAUAAAAACCAAAGUUUAAACGUCAAAAGUUGUCAACAAUUUACAAUUUGCAAAGAAGCGGGUACAUUGCAUCGCGGGAAGUGUGUUUUAUAUCGUGUUUAAUAUUUUUAGUGCCUAGCCAUAUUUGUUAUACACGAUUUAGUGAUACUUUUUUUAUAUUUUAAAUGUGAUAUUUAAAGUGGUGUUACGGAACAUUCGAACAAAUCAAACUGCAAUCAACACGAUGGCGCGAAACACAUCGAACGAUUCCCUGGAUGAUAUCGAGAACAGAUCCGAUGUGCUGAACCAAACUAGUUACUCAUUGCAGGAUAAUUCAGCGUUGCGAAACGAUAUGUUCGAAUUAAACGAUAUGGAGCUGUUGGACACGAGCGUAACGGAUCUGCUAGACGAUCCGUACAGAAUGAAACUGCGGCGGAAUGGCAACUGCGACGGAUUCGACCAAAGCCUCGGUGACAGUUGGAUUUACCCGGCAAACUAUCCGAUGAGACGGUAUCAGUUCACGAUCACAGAGGCAGCGCUGUUUAAGAACACGCUCGUUGUCUUACCGACCGGGCUGGGCAAAACCUUCAUAGCGGCGGUCGUGAUGUACAACAUCUACCGCUGGUAUCCUACUGGGAAGGUUAUCUUCAUGGCACCGACCCGCCCGCUCGUCAGCCAGCAGAUCGAGGCAUGCUACCGGAUCAUGGGCAUACCACGGUCGGAUACGGCGGAGGUUACCGGGAAGCAACCGCGCCACAAACGCUCCUCCCUGUGGCAAAUGAAGCGAGUUUUCUACGCCACGCCGCAGGUCGUGCUGGCGGAUCUCGAAGCGGCCGAACAAAUGUUUCCUGUCCAACAGGUACGGCUGAUCGUGAUAGACGAAGCGCACAAGGCAAAGGGACGGUAUGCGUACACGGAUGUAAUACGGCGGAUAGCCGAACGCAAUCCAUACUUUCGUGUGUUGGCACUGUCCGCGACACCCGGUCGCACGCUGGAGGAUGUUGCCGAAGUAAUCAGGAAUCUGCUCAUCUCGCAUGUUGAGGUGCGCUGGGAAAACUCGAUCGAUGUGUUGCCGUACGUGUUCCGCAAGGACGUGCGCACCAUCGUGAUACCGCUCGGGCAGACGAUUGCUCGCGUGCGGAAGGAUCUGCUGCGGUUAGUCAAUCCCUACCUGCAGCGUUUACUCGAAUCGAACGUGUUUAUGCAGUAUCCCGGCACCAUAACGCCUGGCAUGCUCAUUAUGAGACAGAAACAAUUUCGAGAAAAUGCGCUUCACCAGCGCCAUCCAAAUCAUAGCACUAUUUUAGCUGAUUUCGGCGUUUGCAUCAGCAUGUAUCAUGCGCUCGAUUUGCUCGUGAAGCACGGUAUACGGACGUUUUUGAACUUCUUCGACGAUGGUGCGGGGGCAAACGUGCAAGAGAAAUAUUUCGUCGCAAAGGAUCGACAAAUCAAAACCUUUCUGGAGCAGCUACGGGAACAGUUUCAUCAUCGGCAGCAGCAGCAGCAGCAGCAAAUUUCGAACGAUUCGACCAUUAUAACCGGAAACGAUGAUAUUGAUUUUGGGCAUCCGAAGUAUCGCAUACUGGAACAGCAGCUGAUGACAUUUUUUAAACAAUUCCCAGACUCGAAAGCGAUUGUGUUUUGCGAGUUUCGAGAUUCGGUUUCAAUGAUCAAACGUAUGCUAGGCAACAAUCAACCUUUGAUACGACCAAACUGCAUUGUUGGACAAGGUGGAGCCAACGGUGUUCGAGUAGCACAACAGGAACAGAUUGACGUCAUGCGUCACUUCCGUUCUGGUACUUACAACACCCUGAUCGCAACAUGUGUCGCCGAGGAAGGCAUCGACGUUGGUGAGGUCGAUUUAAUAGUGUGCUUUGACAUUGCAAAAAAUCCGAUGCGAUUCGUGCAGCGGAUAGGCCGUACGGGGCGGCAACGUGUCGGGCGUGUGCUGAUGCUCGUUACCGAGGGUGAGGAACAUGACACACUGAAGCAGGUGCUCGCAUCGAAGGACAAAACGAACCAACAGCUGGCCCGUAGCAAAGAUAUAUUGGGUAUCCUUUAUCCACAUUCGCCCCGUCUCGUACCGGCCGGGUUACAACCCGAGUGCGUAACAAUGUACAUGAACAUUCCCGACGAGCAAGCAACGGUACGUGACGCAGGUGCGGAUUCGUCCGACGGCGAUGUUCACACUACUACUAAGGACAGUGGUCGGAAGAGAAAAUAUACCAGACGAAAGAAUGAAGCGAACGAUGCAGUCGAACCGUCGCCGAAACGAAAUAAGACCACCACGAAAACGCGAGACGUAAGAGAUUUUUUUCCACUGCAACGAACGGAUGUGCUGGAUGCUAAUGAGCGGGAUAUUUUUGCAGUAGAAUCACCUAAACAGAGAGACAAAAAUAGUUCGAACGAUCGGUUGGAUAUAGGAAAUACAUCCAUACCGAUCGAUAAAACAAUUCGUCAAGGUCGCACGGACGCUCAAGUUGCUAUCGACGCACUUAUACAACCCUUGGUGCGGCAUUACAAACAAUUGUGCCGGCAAAAGUUUCUGUACGGUCAGAAGCUACUACAUGCUGCUAGGCACGACAAAAUAGUUGAGCAGGAACCACCCAUUAACGUACCAGUGCUGGAUGAUCCGCUUGAUCUUCCGGAGUUGGUACCACACGAGACGGGUGGUGGUGUAGAUGUGCAGAGUCAAGCUGCUGAUGAGAGUUUAGCUACGGACAGGUCUAUUUCGAAUCUCUUCGAUUCGUCGUUCUGUGCGCUGGAAACGACGUUUACCGGCACAUGCCUGUGGGAAGGUACAAGUAAGCCGGCAAAAGAACCUAUAAACGGUAGCGAUAAAAAAACACGCUUAUCCACACUAAAAAAACUCAAGAAGCAAUGCACCUCCUCACCGAAGGAUUUAUGCAACAGUCCACUUUUGCUGGCAUUUAACCGUUCGGUGCAGAAAAGUAAAACUCCAAAACAAGCCAUACUCGCAUGCUCUAGUCCCAGCAUCACUAAUCGUACUGCUGCUCCAUCACAACCGAUAAAAGAGUCUAGGGGUAACGUUUCACAAGGGAUGGUUUUCGAAUAUUUUCAUCUUAAAAGUUUGGAAGAUAUCUUUGAGGACGAUAGCGCUGAUGAGUUAGUGCCGGAAAGAGUUACUGCAGUUAGCGAACGAAAGCAAACGGACGAAAAGACGGCUCCCAAGGAACCAUCUAUCAGUAGGAAUCUGUUCGGUGAGCUUAAAUCCGAGCGAACAACGAAUAUACCUGAGGAACUUGUGACGGAGGAGGAGCGGACGAAUCUCGAAAUUAUCUCGGAUAACCGGAACAAAACUGAGACCAUGUUAGAAAAUGGUCGUAAGAAAAGUUGGAAAAACUUUGACUUAGGUACCGCUGAGUUAGUGUUCGAGGAUGAGAGCAUUAACGAAUGCAGGCCCUAUAGCACAACACAAUCUAAAGUUUGUAGUCCCAAAAAAUUGUCAACCUUACGUUUGCAAAAUCGCAAAACCGAGGGUGGCGACAUUAACCGAGACGAGAUGUACUGUCUCCCUGGUAAAUCACCAUAUUUUGAAGCUUCUUAUGCGAAACGGUCACCAGUACGAAGUGUGGAAAAUGCGAAGCAACCAUGUGAGAUAAGUGACCCGGUAGACAAUAAUUCCCAGACUGAACGUGUAGACAUGGAUGAAAGUAUUAUCGGGCAACAGAUUCGACGUGUUACCGCUCAUAGAAUCAAUUCCAGCACGGAGAGCUUGAUGGAGGAAAGAAAUGACGGCGAAUCUCAAAGUAUUUUUCACCGUCCGAAGUCACCAGUAAGCGUCGAAGAGAAAGAGGACGACAUUUUCCAUUCUGCUGUUGAGAUACGCUCUUCGAAUGCGUCAAAUCGUCGAAACAAACAACGAAAACCUAAACGUGCUGGUCGCGAAUUUCUACAAACACAAGCUGCAGUUUCGGAUGAUGACGACGGGUACGGCGAUAAUGUCGAUGAUGAAGAUGAUGACAUGAACGCACUGUCAGGGUUCAUUACUGCUUCUGACGAUGAGCCUUGUACGGUGGACAUGCGUGCGGUUUAUUUACAGUCCGUGCGCAGUCCGCUUGUACGCCGUGGGGCCUUCAAAAUGCCAUCCAAUGGAUUAUGUAAUGCGGCCCAUCGUUCAAUACUAAACAACACCGAUAUACACUUCACGGAAGAGGAUGAAGUGGAUAUGGCUGAAGAGGACUUGCAGAUGUCGUUCAUCAACGACAACACUAUGGUGAGUUCGGACUCUGAACUGUCUGAGCUUGAGAUGGCCGAACGGUUGAUCAAGAGGCGUCGCCGAAGUAACAAGCAGACAAACGGAUCCGUUAAACAAUCUUCUGCAGCAAACAAGAAACGACGGCGCCGUAUCGUAUCGUUAUCCUCCGACAGCGACUGAUAGCUACUGCUUUUAAAAUUUAAGGUAAAAUACUAGGCCAUAUAAAUAACAGCUAUUCGACAGAUGGUAAUAAACAUGUUUCUUAUGGCUAAUUUAAUUACUUCUAUUUCAUUACGGUGUACAAAUAGUGUAAGGUAAUACUAGUCUAUCAGUAACAUAAAGGUUAAAGCUUCAAUAAAAUUGAUACACGGAUAAAGAGAUAUCCAAGUUCAAGAUCCAAGAUAUCCAAGAAGCAAGAUCCUGUCCCUAAUUAUCUACUGCAGAUUUGCGUUUGAUGAAACACAAUGUGCCGAAAGCUUUCAAAGUGGGUUUAUUAGAGGAAUCUUGAAUAUGAGGCAAAUCCUGCAUAACUUACAUAACUUAAAUACCAGAUCUUCAAGCAGCAUCUACUUCUACAGGCUUGAAGGCGGCCUAUAGAACAUUAGGAAGUAGUCUCCGGGAUAUCCAGGAUAUCCUGGGAAGCGCAAUCCCUUUCUGCCUCCGCUCAGAGGGACCUUGAAGAAUGGAAAUGAUGUAUGAAUGUUGGUAACAGAAGAAAGCCUUUCUUCUAGUCACGGCCCACUCGCCAACAGGAUCAUAUGAGAAAGGGACUCCUUUUCUAUCUAAUCGUUAAGCGCCUGCGAUGGGUUAAGAAACGCUGACACUAGGCUGUAUCGAACUUAAUUAAAAAAAGGCAAAUUAAAGUAGAAUUAUAAAAAAGGACAAAUUUAGUUGUUAGCAAUGUUUAGGUAUACAAGGACAAAUUAUAAAAAAAUAGAUCAAGGUCAAUUUGAAGCCUCAUCGAAGAGGUUAGAACUCGU